AUGCGCUCUGUCCUCAUCAAAUCAUUCCUCUCUCUGCAUCCUAAGCACCGCCCACCGUCAAUUUCUCACUUCGCCAUGUCCACCGCCGUUCCCGCCGCCAGAGCACGCAUCAGAGGGGUGGUCUUCGACAUGGACGGAACCCUAACGGUCCCGGCCAUCGAUUUCGCGGCGAUGUACAACGCCGUGCUCGGCGAGGACGAGUACCGGAGAAUCAAGGCCGAGAAUCCUUCGGGCAUCGACAUUCUCCACCACAUCGAGAACUGGAGCCCCGACCGGCAGCGGAAGGCUUACGAGAUCAUUGUUGAUCACGAGCGCCAGGGUCUCGACCGCCUUCAAAUCAUGCCUGGUGCUGCAGAGCUAUGUGGGUUUCUGGAUUCGAAGAAAAUCAGGAGGGGGCUAAUCACUCGAAACUUCAAGGAAGCUGUUGAUCUUUUUCAUUCCCGAUUUGGGAGGCCCUUUUCUCCAGCAUUGAGCCGGGAGUUCCGUCCUUGUAAACCAGACCCGGCUCCUCUACUGCAUAUCUGUUCAGCAUGGGAUGUUCAGCCCGAUGAGGUCAUAAUGAUCGGUGACAGCCUUAAAGAUGAUGUGGUUUGUGGCAAACGCGCUGGGGCAUUCACAUGUUUGCUUGAUGAAAAAGACAGGUAUAGCCCUGAUGAUUUCGCAGAGUUGAAUCUCGAACCAGACUUCAAAGUGGCAUCCCUUACUGAAGUUCAGUCGGUGUUGGAGUCGAAGUUCGAUCUGCUCUCUUGA